CACGAAAUCAAACCCAAAACCCAAAACCUUUAAUGGCUUAAACUUCUAUCGAAUGAACUGGAAAAGAAAAAUCAACCCAGCAACAUUCUCUCUCCACCUCUUUUACUCUGCUAAAUCAUCCUCUUAAUCGGACAGGGCACGAGACCUGCCAUGGCUUCGAGCUGUUGAAGAGAUCGAAUAGUGAUUGCUCUUCUCUUUCGUUGAUUUUCGUUUUCAGGGACUUGGGGAUUGCAAGGAUUUGAUUUUGGAGAUUUAGGUGUUUAGGGAUUUCAUCCCCCAAUCUCUUCUUAUCGUUAUAUAUUCUAAAAAUAAAAAUAAAUUUAAUUAUUUUCUUCUUUAAUUUGACCGGUUGAGAAACACGCGUGCCUGGUCAGCUAAGAAAUAGGUCUUUUGUAGAUUUGUGGCCAAGUUCGCGAUGGAUUUAUCAAAAAAAGGUGAAAUAUGGGGUUUUUAAUGUUGAACCCAAGUUCAGUGGUCAAUUUGAACCUUCUUUAAAUAACAGGUCCGUGUCCUCUCCUCUGCACAAUUCGAAGCGAUCAAACAUUGCAAUUGCAGAUUUAUAUUUUUGUAGAGUAGAGCUGUUGUGCAUAUUCCUCUGUCUUAUAUAAGGUUUAUGAAGGAUGGACAUAAUCUCCCAAUUACAAGAGCAAGUGGAUCUUAUUGCUUCACUUGCCUUUAAUACGAUCGGGACGCUUCAAAGAGAUGCUCCUCCAGUGCGUCUUUCUCCCAAUUACCCAGAACCAACGGCUAACCCUACAGAGGAUUUUGCUGAGCAGCCCAAGUUAAUGAGUGCUGAUCUCGUGAAAGCUGCUAAACAGUUUGAUGCAUUGUUGGCUGCACUACCAUUGGCCGAGGGAGGUGAAGAAGCUCAACUGAAAAGGAUUGCAGAACUGCAGGCUGAAAACGAUGCUGUAGGCCAAGAGCUCCAACAGCAACUAGAAUCUGCAGAGAAAGAAUUGAAGCAGGUCCAGGAGCUGUUUAGCCAAGCAACAGAUAAUUGCUUGAACUUGAAGAAGCCUGAUUAAUGAUGGUGCAAUCUCUCUGAUUUUACGAGCUAGGUGACCAAGCGAAUGAUUGCGACGAAGAAGUCCAAUAGCAAAAACCAUUCAAGCAUAAAAAAAUUUGUCCAUGCACUGGUCCCCUCUUUGUUAGGAAGAUACCAUCCGUCAACCCUGUUAUGGGUGGCAGAAGCUGAAAUAAUAUUUUUUUUCCACCAUGAAAAGCAGUCUAUUUGCACUAUAGAAUCAUGUUAAACGAUCCUUUGUUGAUUUAUAAUUUUGUAUGGUAAAAAUUAGUUGAUCAAUUAAUGUUAACCGAAUUUUAUCUUUUUUUAUUCUCAA